GGAGGACGCGGCCGUCCGAAGCUGAUAAAUCAGGGGCCGGGUCGCGGCUGCGGGCCAAGUUGGACGCCCCGACCGGUGCGAGGGCCAGGUCUGCGCCGGCCCCGCCAAGCUAAGCGAGGCGACCCGCGUGCGGCCAUGGCCUCGCUGCUGGGAGCCUACCCUUGGCCCGAGGGGCUCGAGUGCCCGGCCCUGGACGCCGAGCUGUCGGAUGGACAGUCGCCGCCCGCCGCCCCUCGGCCCCCGGGGGACAAGGGCUCCGAGAGCCGUAUCCGGCGGCCCAUGAACGCCUUCAUGGUUUGGGCCAAGGACGAGAGGAAACGGCUGGCGGUGCAGAACCCUGACCUGCACAACGCCGAGCUCAGCAAGAUGCUGGGAAAGUCGUGGAAGGCACUGACGCUGUCUCAGAAGAGGCCGUACGUGGACGAGGCGGAGCGGCUGCGCCUGCAGCACAUGCAGGACUACCCCAACUACAAGUACCGGCCGCGCAGAAAGAAGCAGGCCAAGCGGCUGUGCAAGCGCGUGGACCCCGGCUUCCUCCUGAGCUCCCUCUCCCGGGACCAGAACGCCCUGCCGGAGAAGAGAAGCGGCAGCCGGGGGGCGCUGGGGGAGAAGGAGGACAGGGGUGAGUACUCCCCCGGCACUGCCCUGCCCAGCCUCCGGGGCUGCUACCACGAGGGGCCGGCUGGUGGUGGCGGCGGCGGCACCCCGAGCAGUGUGGACACGUACCCGUACGGGCUGCCCACACCUCCUGAAAUGUCUCCCCUGGACGUGCUGGAGCCGGAGCAGACCUUCUUCUCUUCCCCUUGCCAGGAGGAGCAUGGCCACCCCCGCCGCAUCCCCCAUCUGCCAGGGCCCCCCUACUCACCGGAGUACGCCCCCAGCCCUCUCCACUGUAGCCACUCCCUGGGCUCCUUGGCUCUUGGCCAGUCCCCCGGCGUCUCCAUGAUGUCCCCUGUACCCGGCUGUCCCCCAUCUCCUGCCUAUUACUCCCCAGCCACCUACCACCCUCUCCACUCCAACCUCCAAGCCCACCUGGGCCAGCUCUCCCCGCCUCCUGAGCACCCUGGCUUGGAUGCCCUGGAUCAACUGAGUCAGGUGGAACUCCUGGGGGACAUGGAUCGCAAUGAAUUCGACCAGUAUUUGAACACUCCUGGCCACCCAGACUCUGCCACAGGGACCGUGGCCCUCAGUGGGCAUGUCCCCGUCUCCCAGGUGACACCAACGGGUCCCACAGAGACCAGCCUCAUCUCUGUCCUGGCUGAUGCCACGGCCACGUACUACAACAGCUACAGUGUGUCAUAGAGCUGGAGGCGCCGCGUCCAGCCAGCCCUCACACCCUCUCCUUCCUGUGCCCUGAGUGGCGGGGGAGUCCGGCAGCCACACUAGCUUUCCUCCCACCACUCAGGGCAGGGAGGUCUGAACUGUGGCCCCAGAGCCUUUGGCCUAAGCUGGACUCUGCUUAUCCGAGUGCCGCCUCCAUCCCCUUCCCCACAUUCCAGCCCCUGCAGCCUGCAUUUUAAGUAUAUUCCUUCAAGUGAGUUUUCCUCCAGCCCCUGAGAGUUGCUGUCUCCCAGUAGAAUAUUCACCGACCUCUUUUCUUUGUAGCCAUCGUGGAAACUAAUGGUGGGACAGACUGGAUAGCCGAGGUCCCUUCUGGUCCACAGUUUUCUGAUUUAGGGUUCUCUCAAGGUUAAUAAAGGAAGAUGGGGAAAUCUGACUCAUGAAUGAGCUCACUAGCCUACGAGCUGGUGAGAAUUUUGUGUGCACAGCCCAAGGACCACGAGGCUUUCUGCACUUUCUGCACUCCUUUCCAAAAUGACCACGCAAUUCCAAAGGGACUCACAAUUUGACAGAAAACAGUCAACCUGAUUUGAGACAUUAACCAGUAUGGCUACCUAUAUUACAGAAAAUGGGAUUGAGUUAAAACUAUUUUAUUUUAAAUAUACAUUUUAAAGCAGUUCUCUCUCUCUCUCCUCUCUCUCUCUCUCUCUCUCUCUCUCUCUCUGUCUCUGUCUCUGUCUCUCUUUAUUAUACACACACUUCAAGAGAAUAUGCACAGUCUAGGCCAGGCAUGGUGGCUCACGCAUGUAAUCCCAGCACUUUGGAAGGCCGAGGCGUGUGGAUCACCUGAGGU